GGCGCGCGUGGGCCACCCACGCCCCUACGCAUCCCCACCGCAGUACAGGGACCACCCCCCCGUGCCCCCUCCCCGUUCGGGACCGGGUCACGUGACCACAGCACGGCAUCAAAAAAAAAGAGGAACAGAUCAUGCCGACCUGCUCCUCCUCCCUUCCGUCCCCUGGGCUGCUCCUUCCACCCCGCGCCCAGCGCUCUCCCCUGCCCCCGCCCCCGCCGCUACACCCCGGAGGGCCCGUUCCUCCCCGCGGGACCU